AUGGAAAUACCUGCAACACAUCGCAGUAUUGGGGCAGAUUACCCUAAUCGCGAUGAAGAGUUUGAACGACGUCAAGAGGAAAUUGCUGACAAUAUGACAUUAAAUGGUUCAGAAUAUCCGAAUGCAGAUACAAAAAGCUUUGAAGAUAUGGAACGUACAAAUACUCGUCGUACCGAAGGUGGCUAUGGUGAGGCUGAAGGAAAUGCCGUCGAUAUCGAGAGUGCCAUUGAAAGGUAUCGCUCCAUUCGUCGAGAAUUCACUCAACAAUCUCGUAAACAAUCCAUCGACUCUGGUGACAAUGUCAAGCCUCCCGAAGAAAAAUCUGAAGAAUUCGACCUGACAGAAUAUCUUUCGGAACAACACUCUCAGAUUACGGAGGCGGGCUUAAAGGCCAAGAACAUGGGUGUCAUCUGGAAAAAUCUCGUCGUCCAAGGUUUAGGAGCAGAUGCCAAAGUCAUCUCAACAAACUGGACUUGGAUUGCCUCUGCCUUACAAUUCUGGAAAUGGGGUAAACAUCCCGGAACAGACUUCACCAUUUUGAAUGGCAACGAUGGUUUCUGUAAGGCCGGUGAAAUGCUUUUGGUCCUUGGUCGUCCUGGCUCCGGCUGUACUUCUUUACUUCGGGUUCUUGCCAAUAUGCGCGCUUCCUAUACUAAAAUUGAAGGCCAAGUCACUUAUGGCGGUAUUGAUGCGGAGGAAUUCGGUAAACAUUUUAGAGGUGAAGUUUGCUAUAAUGAAGAAGAAGAUCUUCAUUAUCCUACUCUUACAACACAACAAACCCUUCGUUUUGCUCUUCGUAACAAAACUCCAGGAAAACGUCUUCCUGGUGAGUCGAAGGACGAAUUCAUCAACAAAGUUCUGUAUAUGCUCGGUAACAUGCUUGGUUUAACAAAGCAAAUGAACACAAUGGUUGGUAACGCUUUUGUUCGUGGUCUCUCUGGCGGUGAACGUAAGCGUCUUUCGAUUGCUGAACAAAUGACAACUCGUAGUUGCAUCAAUUGCUGGGAUUGUGCUACUCGUGGUCUUGAUUCCUCCUCUGCUCUUGAUUAUGUUCGUUCUCUUCGUAUCAUGACGGAUAUCUUGCACAAGACAACCAUCUCAACUCUUUAUCAGGCAUCUGAUAGUAUUUUUUACUUAUUCGAUAAGAUCAUGGUCUUGGACGAAGGUCGAUGUAUUUAUUUCGGUCCAAACCAUGAAGCAAAAGCUUUCUUCACACAAAUGGGCUUUUACUGUCCUGAUCGUAAAUCUACGCCAGAUUUCUUGACAGGUCUCUGUAACAUGAAUGAACGUCAAGUGCUUCCUGGUUUUGAAGGAAAGGUUCCUCUCAAUGCUGCCCAAUUCGAAAAGGUUUACAAAGAGUCUCAAUUAUAUGCAGAUAUGAUGGCCGAACGAGAUGCCUAUGAACGUCGUAUUAAUGAAGAUCGUCCUGCCGAGGUGUUCAAGGAAGCCUUUACGGAGGCUCAUCAAAAGCAUGCUCCUAAACAUUCUCCCUUUGUCGCCACCUACUUUGAACAAAUCAAGGCUUUAACUGUCCGACAGUUCCAAUUGAUUCUUGGUGAUAAAGGUGCUCUUGUAUCUCGUUAUGGUGGCGUCAUCGUCAAAGGUUUGAUCAUGGCCUCUGUCUUCUAUAUGAUGCCUACAGACGCCACUGGCGCUUUCUCUCGUGGUGGUGCCAUUCUUUUCAGUUUACUGUUUAACGCCUUGAUUGCUCAAUCUGAACUAUCAGCGUUUAUGCAAGGUCGUCGUGUGCUUGAAAAACACAAACAUUUUGCAUUGUAUCAUCCUUCUGCCUUUUACAUUGCUACUGUCAUCUCGGAUAUUCCCUUGGCAGUGGUUCAAGUCAUCAUCUUUGAAUUAUGUGUCUACUUUAUCAUGGGUCUCGCAUUAGAUGCCGGCAGGUUCUUUACUUUCUUUAUUAUUCUCGUGGUGACCAAUCUCUGUAUGAACGGCUUCUUCCGUUUCUGGGGUGCUGUUAGUCCCAACUUCUUUACAGCUUCGCAAAUAUCUAGUAUUCUUUUGAUUGCCUGUUUGAUUUACUGUGGUUACCAAAUUCCUUAUAUUCAAAUGCACCCGUGGCUCAUGUGGAUAUACUGGAUAAAUCCUUUAGCGUACGGUUAUAAAGGUUUAAUUUCCACCGAGAUGCGUGGACUUCAUUUUACUUGCGAAGGGCCGAACGGGGUACCUUAUGGUCCUGCUUAUGAAUCCGUGGACCAAACUUACAAAUCGUGUAUCUUACCCGGAGCCAAUCCAGGUGCUAGCUAUGUCCUCGGCGAUGAUUAUUUGGAGGCUGCCUAUGGGUAUUCCACAUGGCAACUGUGGAUCGACUUUGUAGCCGUCCUGCUCUUCUUUUUGUUUUUCACGGCGUUGACAGCUUUAGCGAUGGAAUAUAUCGACCUUCAAAAGGAAGGAUCGAUCACCAAGGUUUAUAAGAAGGGAUGCGCUCCCAAGGCCACUUCUGAAAAGGAAAUGUUACAACAGUCAACCACGAUUAAUGAUCAACAAAUGGAGGCUGUUACGGAUGGUACAACGUUCUCUUGGCAUCAUAUCGAUUAUACGGUGCCUGUAAAGGGAGGUAGUCGACAAUUGUUAAACAAUGUAGGUGGUAUUGUAAAACCUGGUAACCUGACGGCACUGAUGGGUUCAUCUGGAGCUGGUAAAACUACUUUAUUGGAUGUUCUGGCCAAAAGAAAGACCAUUGGUACCAUCGAAGGUAAUAUUUACUUGAAUGGUGAAUCAUUGGCCGAGGACUUUGAACGUAUUACGGGUUAUUGUGAGCAAAUGGACGUUCAUAAUCCCAAUGCCACUGUACGUGAGGCGCUCCAAUUUUCUGCUUAUCUUCGUCAAGGACCCGAAGUCUCAAAAGAAGAAAAGGACGAAUAUGUAGAACAAAUCAUCGAUCUUAUGGAAAUGAGAAAUAUUGCUGACGCAUUGGUGGGUGAUCUUGAAGCUGGUGUUGGUAUCUCAGUGGAAGAACGUAAGCGUCUUACAAUUGCUAUUGAAUUAGUGGGCAAGCCCAAGCUCUUGUUUCUGGAUGAACCCACUUCAGGUUUGGAUGCUCAAAGUUCUUAUAACAUCGUUCGAUUUAUUCGUAAAUUGGCGGAUGCUGGUUGGCCCGUGCUAUGUACUAUCCAUCAACCUUCUGCUACCUUAUUUGAACAUUUCGACCAUUUGUUGUUAUUGAUGCGUGGUGGUCGUACUGCUUAUUUCGGUGAAAUCGGUCAAGACUGUCGUACCAUGAUUGAUUACUUUGAAUCCAAUGGUGGUCCUAAAUGUGCCGAUAGUGCUAACCCUGCUGAAUAUAUUUUGGAAUGUGUCGGUGCUGGUACUGCUGGUAAAUCAACUCAAGACUGGGCUGAUGUUUGGGCCGGUUCAAAUCAAGCUAAAAUGCUUGAAGAAGAAUUGGAGUAUAUUAAUACAUCGGUUGAUCAUACAGUGAAGCGUAAAGUGUCUGCCUACGCAUUACCCUUCAGUCAACAGUUGAGUCUUGUAUAUAAACGUAUGGUGGUUUCAUGGUGGCGUUGUCCCAACUAUAAUAUGGGUCGUCUUUUUAACGUUGUGUUUAUUGGUCUUGUCUCUGGUUUCUCCUUCUGGAAGCUAGGUAAUACACCUGCGGACAUGCAGAAUCGUAUGUUCUCUGUGUUCACGACCCUUUUGAUGAGUAAUGCUCUGAUUAUUCUGGCACAACCACGGUUCAUGGAAGAGAGAAUGUGGUUCCGACGUGAAUAUGCGAGUAAAUACUAUGGAUGGGCACCGUUUGCUUUAUCCUGUGUGCUGGUUGAGAUUCCUUACCUUAUUGUCCUUGGUACGAUCUUUUUAUUCUGUUUCUACUGGACGGCCGGUUUGGAAAAUACAUCGGAUCGUAUUGGAUACUUUUAUAUACAUUUCAUCAUGUUUUUGUUCUAUUCGGUCUCGCUUGGUUUUACAAUCGCAUCAUUCUCCGCUACACCUCCUAUGGCAGCCGUGAUCAAUCCUUUCUUUACAUCCAUCUUGAUUCUAUUUGCAGGUAUUGUUCAACCUCCAAGCGGCAUGCCCUAUUUCUGGAGUUCGUGGAUGUAUUGGUUAGAUCCGUAUCAUUACCUAAUUGAAGGACUCGUGGUGAACGUCAUGGAUGGUAUCAAGAUAGUGUGUGGAUCAGGUGAUUACAUCAAGAUCAACGUACCUCCUGGUCAGACCUGUGGUGAAUAUAUGGACCCCUUCUUCAAGAGUGGCGGUGUUGGCUAUGUUGGUAAUCCCGACAGUAAAGAAAUGUGUGAUUAUUGUCAAUAUAGUACUGGUUCUGACUUUUAUGAACAACGUAUUGGUUGGCAAUUUUCCAACAGAUGGAGAGAUUUUGGUAUCUUGACUGCAUAUACUGUAUUCAAUGUCAUGCUCUUUACGUUCUUUGUCUUUCUCUUUAGAAAACAGAAGCGUUAAGGAUCGCUUG